GAGGAAUGAGAGAAGAGGAGAGAAGUAGAGGAUGAGAAUAGAGAAGGAGAGAAAGAUGACGAAGCAGGAGUGUGAAGCAUAGAGAGAGAGGGAGAGAGAUGUGGAGAGAGGGAAAGGAUGAGAGAAGAGGGGAGAUUAGAAGAUGAGAUUGGACCUUGCUGCUCUCGAGUAUCAUUCAUCCUCUGCUGGACUGUGCAGCAGUCUGCUGUUGUAGCAAACACACCACAGCCACCGUACAACACCAGCCAUCUGUGUGUGUGUGUGAAAUAAGAAGUAGAGAGAUAGACCUUCAUGCUUAUAAAGGCAUGCAGCGCAACAUAAUAGCACGUGUGUGUGUGUGUGUGUGCGUGUGUGUGUGUGUGUGUGUGUGUGUGUGUGUGUGUGUGUAGACAUACAGUUGUUUAACACACAUGGAACUGGACAAGACACCUAGAUAUUAGUUAGUUAGUUAGAUAGAUAGAUAGAUAGAUAGAUAGAUAGAUAGAUAGAUAGGAGAGGAGACAGAUGGGUAGAAUGAGGAUAGAUAGAUAGAUAGAUAGAUGGAUAGAGUGUAAGGAGGUAGAAUCAGAGGAGAAAACAAAAAAGGCAAUAGAAAGCUUGAGAAAGUGAGAUAAGAGAAACAAAUGGAGAGAGAGAGAGAAAGAAGGGUAUGAAGUGAACAAAAAGAGUCAGAGAUAAAGAUGAGAAAGGAGGAAAGAAGGAAAAAUAUGGAGAGAGAGAGUGAUCAAGUGACAUAAGAGACAAACAGAUGAUGGAAAAGGUGAGAGAGGGAAAGAAAUGUAGCCUGUGAGAGUGUGAGCGAGUGAGAUAAGGGAAACAAAUGGGGAGAGAGAGAUGGGGAGAGGGAGGGAGUGAGAGAGAGAGAAAAAGAGAAGGAUCUCGGCUUUGAGCAGCAGUGUGCCGUUAGCGGCGGGAAGGAAGGAGCAGGAGAGAUCAGGGGACAGAGAGACGAGAGGACGAGAGGCAGGAGGGAUGGAAAGAUAUAGGAGUGGAUGAGUGCUGUGCGGUUGAUUGGUCUGCAGUGUGAGGAGUGUACGGCUUUAUAUCAGACACAGUGGUGUGAUUCCUUCACUGUGAGCAGUGGAGCUGCUCUGUGUUGAAUUAUUGAAGCUGCAGCUGAAUUUUGGGGACGAACUCAUUUAUUAUUGACGAACGCUAAUUGGAAUGGAAAGCUCGAGCAUGUGUUGGAAGUGUUUUCUUCAUCGCCAUUUGUUUGUUUAUGUUCGGAAAAGACUGGCAGACGUCGAGAGUGGAUGCUGCUCAGAGUUGAAACUGUCGCUGACUUGCACCUGAAGACGGAGCGGAAAUUGUUUUUGGAAAAUGUGAAGGACAAACGUCUGAACCAAGGAUUAGACUCCUGGGACGUGUGUACGUGUGUGUGUGUGUGUGUGUGUGUGUGUGUGCUGUCCAGCUAUAUGUUUGGUUGUCAUGAGGUACCUGGGACACUGUGGGCGACCCUUGGCUCCGCCCACAACCCCACCCACAACUCUGCCUUCAGUUGACCAUGCAGGUUCUCCAGAUUGUCAAAGAGCUGGUAUCUCCCUCACGGCGAAGAGCCAGCGCCAGGUUUGCAGCGUCUGAUGCAGAGCAGGAUGCUGCAGUGAAGUUGGAUCAGGAGCGGGCUGAGAUCGUAGCCAGAUAUGAGAAGGGUGUAGAAGGUGGUCCCGUGGAGCCAUGGGAGGAGGCGAACUAUGACCUCUACAAAGUGGUGGACCGCUUCGGCUUCCUGCAUGAGAAUGAACUUCCGGCCUAUAACUCCGUGGAGGAAAAGCAAAAGCAUCUGGAAUUGGAGAGGACAGAAAAGUGGUUGAAGAUGCUGAAAAGCUGGGACAAGUACAAGAACAGUGACAAACUGGUAAGGAGGAUCUACAAGGGAAUUCCGCUACAGCUCCGGGGCCAGGCGUGGUGUCUACUCCUCGACAUUCCGAAAAUCAGGGAGGAGAAGAAGGACUUCUAUCAGAAACUGAAGGAUAGGGCUAAAGCAUUAUCUCCUGAUGUCCGUCAGAUAGAUCUGGAUGUGAACCGAACCUACAGAGACCACAUCAUGUUCAUGCGGCGCUAUGACGUAAAGCAGCAGGACCUGUUCCACGUCCUCACAGCCUACUCCAUGUACAACAGGGAGGUGGGAUAUUGUCAAGGAAUGAGUCAGAUCACUGCUCUCCUCCUGAUUUAUAUGAAUGAAGAGGACGCCUUCUGGGCACUGGUCAAACUACUGUCUGGACAGAAACAUGCAAUGCACGGAUUCUUUGUGCCGGGUUUUCCAAAGUUGAUGCGCUUCCAGGAACACCAUGAUCGCAUCCUGAAGAAGAUGAUGCCCAAACUUAAACAACAUCUAGACGGUCAGGAGGUUUUCACCAGCCUGUACACCAUGAAGUGGUUCUUCCAGUGCUUUCUGGACCGUACCCCGUUCACAUUAACCCUGAGGAUAUGGGACAUUUACAUCCUGGAGGGAGAGAGAGUUCUGCCUGCCAUGUCCUACACUAUCCUCAAACUGCACAAAAAAAGCCUGAUGAAGCUGUCCAUGGAGGAUCUGGUGGAGUUCCUGCAGGUGACUCUUUCGAAGGAUUUCUUUUUUGAUGACGACUUUGUAAUCGAGCAGCUCCAGAACAACAUGGCUGAACUCAGACGCUCCAAACUAGAACUUCCUCCAGCAGGUAAAGACGAGGAGUUUCCCAGUAAGCCAUUGGGUCAGUUACCGCCGGAUCCGGCCGAAGCAGCCAAUCAUGUUGCUAAUGGGCAGAUGCUAGCCGGGCAGAUGAUGGACGGUCCUCCUGGUUUGAACGUCACCACAGAAACAGAUGACACUGCAAAUGGCUCACCGGAUCAGCACAGACAGAGUCGACCAGCGAGCCGUGCUGGGAAAGAGAAAGACACGGUGGACAAAAUAAACCGCCAAGGAAAGGGGGACAGACGAGAUGGGCGGAAAGCAACUUUGGUUACCCCGGGAACCCCGGGAACGGCCCGAACUCCUGAGAAGCAUGGGCCGAACCAUGCCGGAGCCAAUCAAAACUCAAACGCAGGCUCAAGCGGGCGUAAAGACAUCACACCUCGUUGGGUCAAACCUUCUGAGAGCAAGUUAGAGGAGGCCAAAGCUGCAGCCUUGAGGGAAAGCCAGCAGAAUCUGAGUGUUGGAGUCCCUCCAUCACCCAGCAUUCAAAUAUCUGAAGAACAACAACAGCAGCAGCAACAACAACAGCGCCGUCCCAGGUCCAGGGGCUUCGUCCCAGGCUCCAACCGAGCCUCCAAUGCAUCACAAUACGACAAUGUCCCUGGACCUGAUGGAGAUUUCACAGAAAUUCCGGAGGUGGAGCUUGAACGUCCACCUUCUCGCCCAUACGGGGCAAGACAGGGAAGUCCCACCAGGCCCCCCAGUGGUGGGAUGGGAAUUUCUGCCCCACCUUUCAGAGUCCCUAAACACACCCCGAUCCCAUCUAGCUCUGAAAUCCGCCCACCAGUAUACACACCCAGCUUGACACCAGUCUACACCCCAUAUACGUCCAAAAUUCGGCCACAGGAGGACAGAGGUUAUGGAAUAUGGAAUGACGGGAGGGCGUAUGGUCCAAAUUUGCGCAUUUCACCUGAGUUUAUGAACCGCUCACCCGAAAAAGUGCCCAUGAACAACAGCUACACUACCUACAGACGCACCCCUCUCCAGGUGGCACCUGCUGAUUUUAGAGCCCAGCUGGAAAAUAGUGGGGCCAGAAUGGACAAUUUCGGAGGCCGUAUGGACAGUGUUGGACCCCGGGUGGACAACUUUGAACCCCGAAUGGACAAUAUUGGAGCCAGAAUGGACAGUACCAGCGAUAUCGGACACUACCCAAGACAGCCAACGCGCCUUUUAGGGUCGCCCGCUUUUACGCCAACAGAACAGCGCUACGAAAGGCAGCGGCGAGGUGAAGGGUGGUAUGGAGAAAAGAUGGAGGGAGUGAUGGUGCCGCCCCUGCGCACUUCAGGUGGGUUACCUCGUUCACCCAGUUUCCAGAAAGCCCAGCUGUCACCCGUCCACCCAGUCCAGGAGUUCGCCUUCCCGCCUGCGGCCGUCCCGCGGCCCACGCUGUUUGGAGGAUCUCACUACAGACACGCGCAAGAAGCCUUUGCCAUGCAGGAGUCCAUGCUGCUCUGAGAGAAAGUGAGACAGAUGCUGUGUCCCAAUUGUAUUCUAAGCAUUAAUACUGUAAGAUAUAUAUUGUGUUCUAAGACUAGGGUUAGUACACAGGACCUAAACAUACUGUACUGUUUUGUAUUAAUGGAGAUGACUUGAUGUGGCUGUGCAAACGGAAAGUGAUGGAGUGAUGUCGCUAUACAAACAUAUAUUAUAUCAAGCUACAACCUUGUCACCAAAUUCGUCGACAGUUAUGCUCUUUUUUUGUACUUUUCUGAGAAGCCAGAGGAAAAAAAGUGCAGCUUUAUUUACUGACCUCUUUUAUCUCAAGUUUCAGCCUGAGCCUAUUAGCUAGAUAGCUUUCAUAAAGGUUUUCAAAUUUUUAAACCACAGUACUCAGAACUUGACAUACUCUGAUGUUGCACUUACGUUUGGCAUUGAAAAAAACUUUGUUCAGUUCCUUAGAACAGAAUUGGUGUAAUCAGCAACAGUAUGUGGCCAGUAGCAUCAUGCAGCCAUGCAAACAUUGUCAUGGUGAUAGCAUUACUGGAAUAACAGUGGCAUUCCUGCUCAUGUAUGGGGUAAUGGUGUUAGCCACUAUUUUAUCCAAAAAAGUGUUUUGUUUCUACUGGUGUGCUUUCAUUGACGUUUGAGUUUGUUGUACAUAAAUGAUAUCAGGUGAGGCCGUAUUACAGAAACAUCCUACCUCUGAAAUCGACUUCAGUCAUCAUGACAACUUCAGUUAGGACUGAAUCUAAGACAGUAGCUUUUACAGAUUAAUGGUUCCUAAAUUCAUAAUCUUAUCCUAACUUUAGAUAAGUAAACAGUAUAACAGAAGCAUCCUUACUAGAUAAUAUUUUCAAAACACAGUGUACAGUGUCUUUUGUUUGUUUGUUUGUUUGUUUCUUUCAAAAAUAGCAGAGCGCGCAGGGUGAUGAAAGCCUUAUAUAGAAACUGAAACUGAAACAUUGCCAUUGUUGAACAGCAGGGGGUGCAAUCACAAUAUUCUUUUCUUUUAACUUUUUCGAUCAAGACUACUAAAACAUCCAGUUCAGUGCACUUUAGUUUUGUUUUCCCAUUGAUUAGACACAGUAGUAGCUGUCUAUACUAAACAUUCAUUUUUGUUUAUGUUAGUUUAAUGAUUUUUGUUUAUAUUAUGGGUUGCUUGGUAACAGACAUAACAAUCGAUUAUCGACCUUUGUUGAGUGGAUUAGCUUGCUUAGCUUGAGAUAAGAUAAUUGGAGGUAAGAUAUUACUCCUAAAUUAAGGAUUUCCUUCUGUAAUAUGAAUUUGCAAAAAAAAUCUUAUCUUGAUCUUGUUAGAUCUUAGCUUAAGACUAAGAUAGGAAGUUUCUGUAAUACGGCUCCAGGACUUCAACUAUGAGCAUCUGUGUUUCCCAAAAUUUCAACAUUCCAUGUAUUUCACUGCUGCAGCUGAUGGAAGAAGUCGGGAAUAUUGAUCUUGACAGAACGUUCUGCUGACCACUGCGGUGCGCUGCCGUCUCAGCUCAGUUGAAACAGUUGUGUCCAGUUUGCUGUCGUUUGUUUACUGCCAGAAUGUGGUAGUAGCCUGAUUGUUGAAUUUUUGUCACUUGUGAAUAUACUGCAUAAUAUACAGCCAUGUGCAAAAGUUUGGGCACCCCUUGUUGAAUUACUUUUUGUUGAUUUUCUAAGUGAACUAAAUACACAUCUUUAUAAUGUACAAUUACUGUUUACUUCCUGAAUUUAACAUAUUGGGGAAAAAAAUAAAACAAGUUAUGACACAUUUUCUAUUUUAAUUUUUUUCCAAAUAUGUUCAACUCAGCAAAAAAAUAGAAAAUGUGCACAAAAACUUUGCAGAAAAUUUUCAUAUAUAAGCUUGUUUGCUUAUAGAGGAUAUGUUAACUUCCACUUAGCAAAAGAACUAAACGUAAUAUGGGGGUGUUGAAACUUUUGCUUACAAGUGCAUACUCAAAAAAAUAGUUUUAGUGUUAAGUGAAUUAGAGUUUAUCAUACAAUUGGGACACAGCAAGAGAGUGAGGCAGACAGAAAGGUAGAAGAAGUGAAAAAGAAAGAGAGAGAGGAGAGAAGAUGAGGUGUGUAAUGUACAUCUGAAGGUUAUCUAGAAGAGUUACCAUGUUUAGAAGAGUGUGUGUUGGGUGUUACUUCACAAAACAGAAUUUCUCAGUUAGUUGCAUCAUUUCGUCCAACAGAAAUGUCCAUUAGCUCUAGACUUUUGGCUUAAGUUAUCUGACUGACUGAGAAAUCCGUCUUUUGUGAAAUAAACACGAUUGUUUGCUUGUUUACUUUGUUUUGUUUGUAUUUGUUUGUUGUGUUUUUGGCAGACUUCCUGCCCCCGAAUUCUUACUAAACCAAUGCGGCGGGACCCACCAACUUGAGACAUUUGUACUGAUCAACCUUCAAGGACUUACUAAAGAUUUUUAUUUUUUAUUUGUUUGGAUGGUGGAAUAGCCUAAUCCUUAACAGCAAGUCUUAACAACAGACCCUUUUAGAGUUUAGACAUGUACAGAGAGAUUGUUGUUUUCCACUUAUUUAAGUGACUUUAAAUGUCCUUAUCGAUAGCAUGAACUGGGGGGGGGAGAGCGUCCAAUUAAUUUUUUUUCAUCUUUUUUUUUUGUUUUUUUUUUAAAUGAUUUAGUUUUCUAUACACAAGAUAUACUAUAUGUGUAUAUACUGUAUACAUGCUUUAGAUUACUUUAGAUUUCAGGUUAUUCGAUAUGCUUGUGAAUAUCAUAUUUUUCAAUGAGAAUUAAUUAAUGUAUCUACAGUUAGGAACAAAAAAUGGUAACAGUGGAAAAUAUCCCUGUUAAAAGCAUUUUGUUAAUAAUGCGUCACCAAAAUUAAGUUUAGCCCCCCCCUACACCCAAUAGGGGAUUUUUUUUCUCUCCAGGGCAUAUGCAGUUAAAGAGAUAAAUGUGAUCAGAAGGUGCAUUUGUACUCAAAGCUUGAUCUCUGUUCUGGUAGCAGGUUUCCAACUUCAUUCCUUAUUUAAAGGGUAAUUCACCCAAUUUUACAAAAAGUUCUGCAUAAAUCAACUAUUAAGAUGUAAACUGUCAUUCAGCGUGAUUUGACAUGCAAUGUUUCAUUGUACAGAUUUGAAUUUCUUUUCAAGUGGUGGUGAUGGGAGCCAGCGGUUGCAUUGUCUACAACACAAAUACAGCUAUUUUAUUUACUAUUCAAUGACACUGGUGAACCAUACGUUUCUUCUGAGGUUUUAUAUGUAAUGUUAAUGAUGAUAAAAUAGUUCUAAAUCUAAAACAUUGUUUUCUUUGGAUACUAUUUUGCCUUACAACCUCCUGCAUGUAUAUCUCCACCAUGAAUUACUACUAAAAACUAUUGUAAAACAAUGUCUCAGGCAUCAAGCAGUGUGUUCAUUUCAUGCAAUAACUUUCUUUGAGGGAGCUUUUAGAGGCAUUAAAAUCUUCAGCUGUCUGGUUCCUAUCACCACCACUGUGAACAAGUCUGACUCGGCAAGUUUCUGUAAAACAGAGCAAGCCGCUCUGAAUGACUUUGCUUACAUCUUAACCCUGUAAUUAUGCAUACAUUUUGAAAAAACAGUAGAAUUACCCUUUAAUCUCACUGACGUUACAAUCACACAGGCUCCAGCCCAAAUUACACCCAUUCCAGUCCCAAAACGCACUGAUCCCAGUCUUCUGAUUGGUUAAUUGGCUCACGCGUGGACUGAGUUAUGGUGUCCACGGUUGGUGAGCGCUGAUACAAUCACACAGCACACUCAGGUUAGAGCUUGUUUUUGUGAUGAAAGCUGCUUACAUAAAGAAGCCGUCUAUAAGAACAGAUUCAUAGCACUAUUACACUAUUAUUGCCUGCUCAUAAUGCAGUAUUUGUGUAUUUCAUGUUUUUGCGAUUGUCAAAGCAUAUUGUUCUGUUCUUUUCAUACAAACACACUGUCCAUCAAAAGUUUGGGAACAUCUAGCCUUGCAGAAUUGUACUACAAAUGAGUUUUGUUGGUUUAAAAUAACUUAGCAUGCUGAAUAGAGAGAUUUGACCAUUUUUCUUUGCAAAAACUGCAAAACUUUAUAAACAGAUGACAAAAGUCCCAGCUUGGGAAUAAAUAAAUUAUUUAUUUAAAUAAGAAUAAAUAUAUUGUAUAAUAUUAAUAAUAUUAAUAUUAUAUAAUUAUAUAAUAUAAUAUUAAAUAUGAAUAAAUUAAAUUCCCUUGUUGUGAUGUCAGCACUCAAACCAAAAGAGUUUCAGUAUGUGGUUUGGAAAAGAAAGCAGUCAGAAGAAACAGUCAAAUCAGUAUUUAAGCAAAACUGCUCUUCAUAUCGAUGAACAUGAAGCUGAGUGUUGAAGAUAAAUAUGCACAAAGCCUUAGCACAGAACUGCUUUGCUCUCAUUUAACUGAAAAGUAACUGGAAAAUGUUUUGUUACAACAUGCUUAAAUAUUGAUUUCUGCAUUUUUCUGAAAAUUUGAAUGCACAAUUUCUAUUUAUUUGCUUAGCAUAUUGGGGAAAAAAAUCAAACAUACAGAAUAAAAUGUGUCCUAACUUU